GCACCGAUACGCGCCGUCCGAUUGUUUUCAUUGUUUAUGUACGCGUACAUACAUAUGUGUGUUUAUAGUUGAUUAAGUUAAACUGGGCUUUGGAGAGCGAUUAGCUGGACUUAGCAGGAAUCGAAAAGUCGUAAGGCCAAUGCCUAUGACAGCGGGCGUAGGGCGUGCAAACAGAGUGUGAAAUAACUGCCAGCGAAAGGGAAAGAGGAAGCAGCAGCAACAGCCACAAAUUUCUGCGAAGGAGAGGAGAAAAUUUACGAGAUUUCAAUUGAAAAUAAAAGAAAACGCCGAGGAUGAACAACUACAGGUAUCAGGGGGGCGGCGGCGGCGGUGUAGGUGGCGUGGGGAUGAUUGGUGGUCGCGGAUACAGCGGGAUCGAGGUGCGCGACAUGCAUCCGCAUCACUUUACGUACGUGAGCCAGUUCGUCAAGUAUAUGAUCUUCCUGCUGAACUUUGUGUUCUGGCUGUUCGGUGGCCUGCUCCUCGGCAUCGGCAUCUAUGCGUUCAAGGACAAAUGGGAGGAGGCAAACGGCUGGGUGCGUCUGGAGACCAUUUACGAUGUGAUCUUUAACAUCUCCCUGGUGAUGAUUAUCGCCGGCAUGGUCAUCUUCCUUGUUAGCUUCUCUGGCUGCCUGGGCGCCCUGCGGGAGAACACUUUCUUGCUGAAGCUCUACUCCAUGUGCCUGCUGCUCUUCUUCCUCAUGGAAAUGGCCAUCGCCAUAAUUUGCUUCGUGUUCCCACAGUACAUGAACUCAUUCCUGGAGAAACAGUUCACGGACAAGAUCAUCCACUCGUAUCGCGACGAUCCGGACUUGCAGAACUUUAUUGAUUUUGCCCAGCAGGAGUUUAAGUGCUGUGGCCUCAGCAAUGCCGGAUAUCAGGAUUGGAGCAAAAAUGAGUACUUCAACUGCAGCUCGCCAUCGGUGGAGAAGUGUGGUGUGCCCUACAGCUGCUGCAUCAAUGCCACCGAUAUAUCCUCCGGCCUGGUUAACAUCAUGUGUGGCUAUGGCGUCCAGGAGACGCCUGUGCCGGAGGCUAGGAAACGCAUUUGGACCAGCGGCUGCAUUGAAAUCGUACGCGUGUGGGCCGAACGCAAUCUGUACGUGAUAGCUGGCAUCGCUUUGGGCAUCGCUCUCGUCCAGCUGCUGGUCAUCUAUCUGGCCAAGACCCUGGAGGGUCAAAUUGAGUUGCAAAAGUUACGCUGGUCGGCGUGAGAUCCGGGCCAGCCCGAAUUUUACGGGCACUACGACCUUCAACCGUAAAUGACCCCUGUGACCUCUGUCGUCCUCCCUAUCUGUAUAGUAAUUUCCGUGGAUAUCGCUCACCUGAUCCUUAAUUCAAAUUUAAGCAUUUAAAAAUGGAAAAAUUGAAAGCAAAGUAUUAACCAAAAAUGCAGGAAAUUCACAAGAUAUUUUUUUGCAAUUUAAACUUUGAAACGUAAGUGAGCGUUAUUCGCAUAUACAUUUUUUUGUGUUAACCUUAAGCUCACUUUGGUAUCGUGCAAUAUUCAUUUUGACCUCUCCAUAUCCAACAAGAAAAGCAAUGAACAAAGUUAUUAUUUAAGAGAAAAAAUAUUUUAAUCUACAGUAACUCCAAUAUCUACAAAGGCAGGGCUGCCGCAAAAAUUGCUUUGCAUUUAAGAUGGAUUUCAAAUUAUAUCCCAGAGAGAGAUUUCUGUGGCCUCCAAGCCUGUCUCAGCCCCAUACUUGUUGAAUACUCUCCAUCUCAAUCCGACCAAAUACGCCAUAUCAUAUAUUUGGCCAGUGAAUAUUCUUGCGAAAAUCUCAAUGUUGUAUAGCCACAAACACAAACUUACUAUAUAUAUAUAUAUCCAGACUGUAUAUACGUACAUAGAACGGACAAGGUCUUACAAUCCGUAAACGCAUUUAUACGCAACAUUUCUAGUGAACACAAAAAAAUAACCAAUCGAACAAAACUUAAAUAUAAAUGUAGCAUUUUUUAAUAUUAGUUUAUGUAUGUAAUAUUAAUGUAGAACCCUAAAAUGUAGAUUUACACUAUAAUAAAAACACAGUAAAAGCAA